AAGAGGGAGAGAGAGAGAAGGCAAAUGUUCUCCCAGCUGUUUCCUGUCUACAGUGUCUGUGUUUUGUAGAUAAAUGUGAGGAUUUUCUCUAAAUCCCUCUUCUGUUUGCUAAACCUCACUGUCACUGCUAAAUUCAGAGCAGAUAGAGCCUGCGCAAUGGAAUAAAGUCCUCAAAAUUGAAAUGUGACAUUGCUCUCAACAUCUCCCAUCUCUCUGGAUUUCUUCUUGCCUCAUUAUUCCUGCUAACCAAUUCAUUUCCAGACUUUGCACUUCACAAGCAAUGGGAAAAGUCAGCGGUCUUCCAACCCAAUUAUUUAAGUGCUGCUUUUGUGAUUCCUUGAAGGUAAAGGUGCACAUCAUGUCGUCCUCCCAUCUCUUCUACCUGGCCCUGUGCUUGCUCACCUUCACCAGCUCCGUCACAGCUGGACCGGAGACACUCUGCGGGGCUGAGCUGGUGGACGCUCUUCAGUUCGUGUGUGGAGACAGGGGCUUUUAUUUCAACAAGCCCACAGGGUAUGGCUCCAACAGUCGGAGGGCAAUUCAGACAGGCAUUGUGGACGAGUGCUGCUUCCGAAGCUGUGAUCUGAGGAGACUGGAGAUGUACUGCGCCCCACUCAAGCCUGCCAAGUCAGCCCGCUCCGUCCGUGCCCAGCGCCACACUGACGUCCCCAAGGCUCAGAAGUAUCAGCCCCCAACUACCAACAAGAAAAAGAAGUCUCAGAGGAGAAGGAAAGGUGGGCCAAAGAAACACCCAGGAGGGAAACAGAAGGAGGGGACGGAAGCAAGUCAGCAGAUGAAAGGAAAGAAGAAAGAGCAGAGGAGGGAGACUGGAGCUAGAAACUGAACACAGAAGCAAAAAGGAAAAUGGAGGAGAAGAGCAGAGAGGGGCAAAGACGAUGAGAGAGAAGCAGACAGCGAUACAGAAAAGUGGGCAAUGCUAGAGGAAAUGAAGAACAGUAGCCUAGUGGAGCUAGCUAAUACCCGUGAUGGAAGGAUUGAAGGAGUCUGUUAUAGAAUGUGGCUAUUAAACAUGGAGAAAAUGGAAAUGAAGCACGUAAUCCCCAAGAAAGCCCAAAGAAAGGCAGUGGCAAGAAUUAAAAAAGAACAAAUAUUAUAAAAGAGUCAAAUUUCCUGCUCCCAAAAAACAAUUAAAUAAAAAAAUUAAGAUUACAAAAAUCAAGGCUUUUGUAUGCAUUUAAAAAUUUCGUGUGAAUCUAUAAUAGAAGAAUUACUCAUGUCAAUAUAUGUGCAGAGUUAAAUAUUAGCCCCAAAUUCUCCACAAGACUGAAUUGUGUCAUAGAAAUUCCCAGAUUUCCUUUCCUGCAGUGAACUUGGAGGCUGCAUGUCUUGGUUUGGGCCACAGGGCAUCCAGUAUUUGCCUAAAGGCCUGUGAGGCCUGUGAGGUAACCUAUGAGAGAAGGUCAUUGAACCUUUUAUUUUUUCCACUUUGGAAUCAGACAUAAAAGAUGUAUUAGUUUGCUAGGGGUGCCAUAACAAAUACCACAGACUAGGUAGCUUAAACAGCAGAAAGUUAUUUUCAUAUACUUCUGGAGCCUGGAAGUCUAAGAUCAAGAUGUUGGCUGGGUUGGUUCCCUUUGAGAAAUAUUAGAGAAGAAUCUGUUCCAGGCCUUUCUCCAUGGCUUGUAAUUGCCCUUCUUCUCCCUGUGUCUUCACAUCAUCUUCCUUCUAUGCAUAUCUUUGUGCCCAAAUUUAUCCCUCUUAUAGAACAGUGGUCAUAUUGGAAUAGGACCCACUAUAAUGACCUCAUUUUAAUUUAAUUACCUGUAUGUUGACUCCCCAUCUCCAAAUACAGUCAUAUUUUGAGGUACUGGAGGUUGGGAUUUCAACAUGUAAAUUCUGGGGUAAGUAACACAAUCCAGCCCAUAACAGGAGACUUCUGAUAUAUGACUACUGUCUUCUGAUUCCUAGAAUACUCUCUGUUGCUGUUUCUCUCUUACUUUCUCUCCCAAACACACACAUAGACUCCUAGAUUUUUAGAUCUGAAAUCUUGGGCAUUUCAGGUCCAUGGAAAUUCUAGGACCAUAGUAUGAGCUGUAAAAGGCCUCAGAAAUCAUUUGGUUCAAUCACUUCAUUUUAAAGAUAAGAAUACUGAGAUCCAGAAAUGGGUAAAGAUGUGCUUGGGUUCUAAGAUGCCCUCCUUCUGGCCAGCAGAGAAUAGCACAUAAUCAAUAUGGACUAAUAAGAAUUCCAAAAGAAAAAGAUGGGGUAGAAGUGGCCCCAUGAAGUCUCCUACUAAUUUAAUAUAUUCCCACCAGAAGGAAUGGAGUAAAUGAGAGCAGGGUUGAUGGAUUUCCCUGAGGGAAAAGAAAAGCUCUAUAGAAUCACAGAAUGUAGGUCUUAGAGAUCUUCUCCUCCACCUUCCUAGCUUUAAACAGUAGGGUUAGGGUCUUCACAGAUAAUAAAGCAAAAAGUCUCAAGAUCAUCCAAAUUGUUGAUUAUAAGAGUUGAGAGAGAUAAGUGUACAGCCAAGCAAAUGAUGACCCUUGGGAAAAGAAGAUGACUAAACCAAGAACCAAGAAGCAAAGCAUUUCAUCAAGUAGCCUACUUUGAUGAUGUCAUGGUAUAAAGAAACCUCCUUUCUGCCUGGUCCUUCCAUGCCUUCUACUUCAGGGCCAUUCUUCCUUCAUGGUUCACUGAAAAUCCAGCCUAUAUAAUAUAUGAAUAUGCCCAAGGCUCAAUCUAGGAGAAAACGGUCCAAUCAGAAGCAUAGCAAAGCCACAGAUGGAAGCCAAGCCACUGCUGUGGUGGUUGCAAAGUGGAUCCUGGGUUAUUAGAUCGAUGAAAGCCAGCUAGUACCUGAAACCCAUAUGGCCAGCCACCUUAUCCAGGAGAUGCUGAGUACUCUUGCUAAGACAUCAUGCUCUAGGACCAGCCUCAGACACAGGCCUACUGUGACUACCAUCUGAGAGUAGCCAGCAAACACAGAUGGCUCUUCAAGGGACCACAGUUGAGCAGAAGAAUUAACAGUUAAUGUCCUAUGAAAAGGUUCCUUAAAGAAUUGUCUGUUCCUUCUUUCAUUGAUGAGUGAAUAAAUGUCAACUAUAAAUCAAGACUUUGGAUAAAGUAUAAGUACACCCAAUGAUGAACUUCAUCCAAAAAGAAGACAAGGACAUCAAAAGAAAAAAAAAAGCAAUAGAACUUUCUAGCUAAAGAAUGUUUAAAUCCUAGAUUGUGGAUUAAAACCCACUUCUUUUUGUAAUGGGUUUUUAUCAACUCUAAAGCAAUUAUCUUGAAUGGCUAGAUGUGACUUCAGAAUAAUAUGAACUAAGUAAAUAGGAAGAAUCUACUAUUGUCUUUCCAUCUCCCCCUUUCUGGAAUCAAUGCUAAGCACCUAGCGAUACAUGGUAUAUAAUGUUGGGUAAAUAGAUGGAUGGAUGGAUGAAUGAAUGAUGGGUGGAUUGGAUGGAUGGAUGGAUGAACAGAAAAAUGGGUGUUCUAGGUAGAUGAAUAGAGGUAGAAAGGCAGCUAUAAAAAUACAUAGCACUGCUGAGAUGACAGGCUUCCUCUCAUUCUUGCACAGGGGGUGAGGCAAGUUCAGAGUAAAGAAAGAACAAAGGAGUUGUGCUUACAUAAGUGUUGCAGGUUUACAAUUUCCUUCUCUAGCCUCAACUGAAAUCAUUCAAGGCCCUAUUGCCAAAAGUACAAUUGCCAAAGGUGGCAUCUGCCACCUUUAAAAUCAAAUGUACUUUAUAGCAAAUGUUAUGUAACUAUUAGUCCCCUCAAUACUUUCCUGAAGUAGGCAGAGUAGUAGCCAUCAUUUAAAAUUCUACUAUUUCAACUGCUUCUCUUAGGGAAAAUUGAUGAUUAUGUGUAAAACGUAUGGGGUAUGUACAGAUUCAGGAUCCUAAAAUAAAAUUGCUGAAAAAAAUUUUUUAUUGAGCACCUACAAUGUGCAAACCUCUGUACUAGGCAUGAAGGAGAAUUAUAAAGAUUGUAGAAGCAGUAAAACAUAGUGGGUUAAGAGUAGAGAAUGUGGAAUCAGACUGCCUAACUUCAAAUGCUGAUUAGCUUACUAGUGGUAUGACCUUGGGCAAAUGAUGUAACUUAUUUGUGCUUCAGUUUCCUUAUCUGUCAGUCGGAAUCUAUUUGAUUGAAUUUAUCUAGUUGAAUUUAUCUAAUUGAAUCUACAGUUGUGAGGAUUUGAGAGUGUGUGUGUGUGUGUGUGUGUGUGUGUGUGUGUGUGUGUGUGUACAAAUAUAUAUGAUAGUGAACAAGUUGGUGCCUGGUACGUAGUAAGCACUAUUAAAGUUUUUGUUAAUAUUAUUUUACUUCAUUCUAAAAAAUAGGGCCAUCUGAAAAAGAAAUAGAUCUCCUCAAGUGGAAGUAGGUCUCAUAUUCCCCAGACUUCAAGCUUAAGCUGCCAACACUCUUCAGUGACAUGGUAGUUGGUUUCAAGCACAUGGUGGGAAAAGAGAACUGAGUGACCUAAGACCCCUUCCAACCAAAGAACCCAGUUCUACAAAUAAUUACAACUUAAAAAGAAUCCCGGCCAUCCCAUGUGAGAAUCGCUUAACUUUUAUUUUUAGGUCAUAGAAUGAACUUUCAGAAAACCACCAUUUUUCUCAACCAGUUAAAAUCAAAUGCAAUAUGUGUUUUCAUUUCAUGGUGACUGAGGAAAAUUUAAUUGUAGCAUGAACUCCAACUCUUACUAGUUUUAAGUCAAAUUGCCAAAAUAAAUAGAAAUGUGGGAUAUUUUCGGGCUCACACCGCUUCCGGGACAUUUCAGUUUCUAGGGUUGCCGAUUCAGUGCCUUUCACAAGUAUUUGAUCUUCUCUCAAACAUCUCUUGAAAACAAACAAAACCUCAUACAGCUUCUAAAGUGAGUGCUGUUAGGAUGUAAGGGUGGAGAGGGGGGCAGAGAAAUGAGCUCCGGAGAGCCUUUCCCCUUCUCUCCCCCAAUCUCCUGACCACCUCCCUCCCACCAACCAACAGGAAACAGUGUUUUCCUAAGUAAUACAUUUUUCAGUUUCUCAGGUUCAUUAGCAUACAUGAGAUAGAUGAGAUUUAUUCUCUUUACUUGUCUAUAAGAAGGGAAUAGGACUUUUUGCAAUAUUUAAUAGAUAAUAGGGAGCUGACUUCCUUUUUAAUUUUCAUUGAAUUUAGUGGGGUGACAUUGGUUAAUAAGAUUAUAUGGGUUUCAGGGGUACAAUUCUAUAAUACAUCAUCUGUAUGUUGUGUUGUGUGUUCACCACCCAAGUCAAUUUUCUUCCAUCACCAUUUAUUUCUCCUUUACCCUCUUCUACCUCCCUUAUCCCCCUUUCCCUCCGGUAAUCGCCAUGCUGUUGUCUGUGUCUAUGGGAGUUGACUUCUAAUCUAAGGGCAAAGUUAAUAGUCUGAAGUUCAAGUGGAAGGCUUUGGUGGAAAUUGUUUUUAGAUGAAGCAGGAUGUUCUUUAUGAAGUUUUGAAUAUUCACUACAGAAUUCCUCAGCUUGUAUGCUCACCAGCUACUGAUUCCUUUGAAAAUCAGUGACAAUAUUUAUUGACCUGUAAAAUCAGAAAUACACAUGGAUUGUUCAUACGCCAGAUUGUUCUUGCACCAUUUUCUGUCUUGGAAAAGCACUGGCUGGCAGCAGGUGUGUUUACUUUUCUAUGCUGAAGGCUCCCAUCAACCUCAAACAGAUGCAAAUCACUUCCACUUGUCAGAGUGCUAUUUUGUUCAUCCUCAGAGUUCAGGGGAGCCUUCCAAACUUCCAAAAUUUCUCUCAAUUCAGUGAGGAGGGAAAUUUAGAACACACUAUUCUUUCUGUGUUCUUGUUUUUUUUCUUGAAUUUUUGGGGGUGAUAUUGGUUAAUAAAAUUACAUAGGUUUCAGGUGUUCAAGUCUAUAAUACAUCAUCUGUAUAUCGCAUUGUAUGUUCACCACCCCAAGUCAAAUCUCUCUCCAUUACUAUUACUAUUUAUCCCUUCUAUCCCCUAUUCUACCUCCUCCAACUCCCUUUGCCCCCGGGUAAUGACCAUGUUGUUGUCUGUGUCUAUGAGUUUCAUUUGUUUUGGGCUUAAUCUCUUCACCUUUUCCACCCAGCUCCACAACUGCCCUCCCUUCUGACAGCUGUCAGUCUGUAAACACAGUUAUGAAUGUGCUGCCCAGAUUUGUCACACACACACCCAGCAUGAGUGGAAGAGGGCAACACCCUUUCCUGCUAAUCCUGUGAGCUCAUUGUUAUUGCAUUGAAAUGACAGCAAAGGUAACCAACUCAGGGCUUCCCCUCUCUCCAACACGUUGUCAUAGAAGUUGCUGUAUACGCUAAUUUAAAUAUUCUAGUAUAAGUUGUACGUCAGAUAAAAUAAUGGCAUUUUGGAGGCUUAUUAGAAAAAAGUAAUCAAAUUCAGUUUUUAGGUAAAAAUGUGCUGAAUCUUUAGCACAUAUCAGUGAAGUUGUUAGAUUGUGGUGUUUCUCUUUUUAAAAUAACACAACAUUUGAACCUUUCAGCAAUUCCAAAGUCAACUCCCUCUGAGAAAGAUAGUAUGCUUCAACUUUUUUUAAAAAUUUAAAAAUGUAACACAAACACAAACAGCUAACUAAACAAGCUUCCCAUAAAAAUCAACAGUCUAGCAGCCUGGACCCCAAAGUAUUUUACAACAUCCUUCAAGACUAUUAAAGGCAACAGAAAUACCUCUUGCCAGUGAGGGAAAAUGCCCCUUGACAUUUCUUUUCAUUUUUUCCAGGCUUUUAAACCAUUUUGUUAGUUAUUUCUUACAUCAUAGGCAGGCAUAUUUGAAAUAGAGUUAGCCAGUAUCCUUUGAAGAGUAAGAAAGUGGCUAGGUUGGGGUAUUGUGGAAUAAUUAUGGGACAAAUAUGAGUUCCCUAAAUCCUGAAGAUUCGCAGGGAUGUACCAGUUCCUAGAAAAAAAUAGCUACGCACCUGAUAUCCCAGCACUCAAGGGGUUGAUAGAUAACCAGUAGGUAGCUACUCUUUCUCCAGCCAGAGAAAGGGCAGCACCCUAGCAAGGGAUGUACUUUUUUUAAAAUAUAUUUUAUUGAUUUUUUUACAGAGAAGAAGGGAGAGGGAUAGAGAGUUAGAAACAUCGAUGAGAGAGAAACAUCGAUCAGCUGCUUUCUGCACACUCCCUACUGGUAUGUGCCCGCAACCAAGGUACAUGCCCUUGACCAGAAUCAAACCUGGGACCCUUGAGUCUGCAGGCUGAUGCUCUAUCCACUGAGCCAAACAGAUUAGGGCGCAAGGGAUGUACUUUAACAACAGAAACUACCAAAAAAGAGAAAAAAUAAGGCAAUAUCCAUAACAAUAGCUGGUAUUUAUUAGGCAUAUGCCCUGUGCUAAGGGCUAUAGCAAACCACCUUAUUUAAGUUUCACCAUUAAGCCUGUAGAGUAAAUUCUAUAAUUAUCCCCAUUGUACAGAUUA